GCAGGUAUGAAAAGGCAUCACCAGUUGUAAGAGAUAAGCCGUAGAGUCGAGAACAAUGGAAGCCAUUCUCGCAUCUACCACAUUUCCCCAUGUCAUACUCUCUCAUCCUCUCUCACCUCUUUCCUGCAGAUUUUCCUUCAGAUUCCGGGAAAACAGAAACACACCCACGUCCCCCACGUCUUCUUCUCUCAAGCAGACCUCAUACUUCUCUCACAUUCAUCUCAGGGUGUCUGCAAGUUCUCAGCCCGCUCGUACUGCCACCGAGACCGUGAAUUCCUUCUCUCUCCCCAGUGACAUGAAGGCUUGGGUAUACGGGGAAUAUGGGGGUGUUGAGGUUUUGAAGUUUGAUAGAAAUGUAACGGUGCCCCAAGUGAACGAGGAUCAGGUGUUAAUCAAGGUUAUGGCUGCAGCUCUUAACCCUGUUGAUGCCAAGAGGAGGCAGGGCAAGUUUAAGGCUACAGAUUCUCCCCUCCCGACCGUUCCAGGCUAUGACGUUGCAGGUGUGGUGGCUAAGGUUGGUAGUGGAGUGAGGGAGCUGAAGGAGGGUGAUGAAGUAUAUGGGAACAUAAAUGAGAAAGCACUUGAAGGGCCAAAGCAGUUUGGUUCUCUUGCAGAGUACACUGUGGUUGAAGAGAAGUUAUUGGCCCUGAAACCAAAGAGUUUGGACUUUUUUCAGGCUGCUGCGCUUCCUCUUGCCAUUGAGACGGCCUAUGAGGGUCUGGAGAGAACAGGCUUUUCAGCUGGUAAAUCUAUUCUUGUUCUCAAUGGUGCUGGUGGUGUUGGGAGUUUGGUCAUUCAGCUUGCAAAAGAAGUCUUUGGUGCAUCAAGAGUUGCUGCCACUUCAAGCACUGGAAAAUUGGAGCUUCUAAAAAGCUUGGGUGCUGAUUUGGCUAUUGACUACACGAAAGAGAACUUUGAAGAUUUACCCGAAAAAUUUGAUGUAGUUUUUGAUGCUAUUGGGCAGUGUGAUAGGGCAGUGAAGGCAGUGAAAGAAGGAGGCAGCGUGGUGGCCUUAACCGGAGCUGUCACACCUCCCGGGUUCAGAUUUGUGGUUACUUCUAAUGGAGAUGUACUGAAGAAACUAAACCCGUAUCUCGAGAGUGGGAAGGUGAAGGCAGUGAUCGAUCCCAAAGGACCGUUCUCAUUUUCCCAGGUUGCCGAAGCUUUCUCUUAUAUUGAAACAAACCGUGCUACUGGAAAGGUGGUCGUUCAUCCAAUUCCUUGAAGGAGAAAAGAGAACUCAACAUAUCCUUCAUUUUGUAAAGAUGUCAAUCAAAUACUUUAGGUUCUGGAAUGCCAAGAGACAUGUAAAUGUUGUAGAUGCAUGAAGCAAAAAAUAAUGUAGACAUAUUCUAUCUUUUAUGUUCAAUAUUGAAGCAUCCACAAGUGAAA